AUGAGUGGUUCGUGUGAGAUAGAAACAUGUUCAACUCAUACACCCACAGUAACGGAAAUUGGUGAAUUAUUAUAUGGUUAUUAUGAAAAUGCUACACGUCUAACAACAAAUUUUAAAAAUCUACUUGAUAAUUCAAUAUUAAAUUUAUAUUAUUAUCAUCAUUCGUUUGACUAUUGUCAUCCACAAUUCAUAUUCGAUUAUAAAGGUACCAAAGGACGAGAAUGUUAUUCUGAAUCGAUAUGUUCAACAAUGUGUUGUAAUAAUGGUGAUUAUGAUUUUCAUAAUAUUAAAGAAAAAUACGAAUGUCAUUGUCGAUUUUCUUGGUUAACUGUAAAUGUUAUAUGUGAAAUGGAUAAUUUUAUAUUUAAAAAUAGAAAUUAUUCAAUGUUAUUCUUUUCUACCACGGCUGCCUUCUUCCUAGUAUUCACCAGUAUUUCUAGACGAAUAAUUAAUUGUCAAAAAUUACCUAGUUUUCGUGCGACACAUAGUCCACUAUAUAAAAAUGUUUAUCUACCGGGUGAUGUUAUAUUGGGCGGAUUCUUUCCUGUUCAUCAACCACCAUUAUUGGAUUCUGUUACAACAACAGAAUGUGGUUCAAUUAAGAAAGAACGAGGAAUACAACGUUUAGAAGCAAUGCUAUUUGCACUAGAUGUUGUUAAUUCAAAGAAAAAUAAAUUAAUGUCAACAUUGUUAGGUGAAUCAAAUAUAAAAUUUGGAGCAUUAAUAUAUGACUCGUGUGAUUAUGAAAGUUAUGCUGUAGAACGUGCAAUGAACAUUUUACUACCAAAUAUUAAUUAUUGUCCAAAAAUUGAAAAUGUUGAUAAACAAAAUGCUCCGGUGGUAGGAGUAAUCGGUAGUGCAUCAUCGGUAGUAUCAAUGGCAAUCGCCGAUAUUUUACGUUUAGCAGAAAUUCCACAAAUAUCAUAUGCGUCGACAAGUUCUGAAUUGAGUCAAAAACCUCGUUUUCAAUAUUUUUCUCGUGUUGUACCUCCCGAUACUUACCAAGCGGAGGCUGUUGUAGGAAUUAUUCAAUUUUUAAAUUGGACUUAUGUGGCUGUUAUCAAAGAGACGGGAAGCUACGGAGAACGUUUAACAGAUGAUUUUAAAGCUAAAUUAAAAAAUAAAACUGUGUGUAUUGCCGGUGAACUCUCUGUCAACUUGAAAGAUAUGGAUUCUUAUGCACGCGUAUUAAAAGAUUUACAUAGCGAUGAAAAAUAUAAAAAUGUAAAAGGCGUUGUUUUGUUUGCUCAAGAAGAUUCUGUUAGACAGCUUCUUAAUCAAACAUCAUCUCAUAAAGAGUCGAAGAGAAGAUUUAUUUGGAUUGGAACAGAUGGAUGGGGAUCUAAAACGUAUCCAGUUGAAAAUUUUGGAAAAGCAGCGAUUAAUGCCUUUACAAUCGCUCCAAAAUUAUUUCCUAUUAAAGAGUUUGAUACGUAUUUUAAUUUAUUGCGUCCAUCAACGAAUGUUAGAAAUCCAUUUUUCAUCGAAUAUUGGGAACAAACAUUCAAAUGCAAAUUUAAUAACACGCCAAUUACAAUUUUUAAUGAAAAUUUUACACGUAUUUGUACAGACGAGGAUAGCAGUGAUCCAUUAACAUCAGUACCCUACAGUCAAGAAGGUUAUGUUCAUUAUGUUGUUGAUGCUGUUUUUGCUUUGGUCAUUGCGGUGCAAAAGUUCAUUAUUGAAAAAUGUAAAACAAAAUCAUUAUGUGAUAAUUUUUUUCCUGUUAACGGUACACGUCUUCUAUCAAUUCUACGAAAUAUAAGUUAUAAAAAUGAUUUAAGUCAACGAAACAUUCGUUUCACAGCUGAAGGUGAUGGUAUUGGUACUUAUGAUAUCUUUCAGUAUCAAGUGAUAGAUAAUACUGGAAAAUUAGGUUAUAUCACAAUUGGCGAUUUUAGUGAUAAUGAUGGUACUGGUGAACAUGUGCAUAUUGAUUUACAAAAACUAAAAUGGUUUAAUUCCACUGAAUUUGGAGUCUGGAAAAUAACGACAAUUAGUCCACGUUCCUAUUGUACUGAACCAUGCAGAUUUGGUGAAAUUCGUACAGCUAGUGAUAGUCAGCAAUGCUGUUGGACAUGUCGAAAAUGUGAUGUAUUUCAAAUAGCCAUUAAUGAAACAAUAUGUUCUUCAUGUUUAAAAGAUGAGAUGCCAAAUGCAAAUUUAACUAAAUGUAUUAAAAUUGAAGAAGAAUAUUUGUCAAUAAAAAAUGUUAUUGCAUGGCCGGCAAUCAUCUUGUCUUCUAUUGGUCUUAUAAUGACUUUGUAUACUAUCAUUAUUUUCGUUCGUUUUGGCCGAACACCGAUAAUUAAAGCAUCAGGUCGUGAAUUAUGUUAUCUAUUAUUAGCUGGAAUAUGUUUUUGUCAUUUAUGUGCUUGGCCAUUGAUAUUAAAACCACAUAUUAUCACAUGUUUUUUAAUACGUAUUAGUGUUAGUUUAAGUUUGACAAUUUGUUUAGCAGCUCUACUAACAAAAACAAAUCGUCUAGCAAGAAUAUUUAAUAGUACAGCAAGUCGAAGUUUAAAACAGCCGUCAUGUUUAAGUCCACGUUCUCAAAUAGGUCUAUGUAGUGGAAUUGUCUCCGUUCAGUUGAUCGGUGUUAUUCUAUGGAUUAUUAUUGCACCACCAUCCGUUAAACAAAAAUCAGAGGUGAAACAUAGUCAACGACGUCUUAUUCAACUGGUUUGUUUAGCAAUCUGUCUGAGUCUGAGUGCAACCGUGAUUCUUAUAUGUUUAUUUGCUCCAAAAUUGUACAUCGUCUUGUUUAAUCCAUCAAAAAAUAUUAAUUAUAAGUUUAAAACAACACUCGGAACUUCGACAACAACAAGUGAAACUAAUAAUUCAAUUGCGAAUAAAGAACACCGUUCACCACUGCAACGUAUUUCGAAUAUGUUAAAUGAUAGAGAAAAACAAAAUUCUCCUAGAUCACGUGUACCAUCGAUUGAUUACACUGAAGUGACGAUGUAUUCAAAAUCAGACAGUGCUGGUUUAGGGGAUGAAAUACAAAUGUUGAAUGGGGCCUGUACAGAUGCUGAACGACGGAUAGUACCCACGUGUUAUUCUGUGCCGCAGCCACAAACAAAUAGCGAAGAAUUGGCAGAAUUAAUUCCAAAAUUCGUAGAAAACCCAUGGAAGAAAAUUGGAAAUGUUCGAAUUAAACUUGAUUCACCUCUACAAGAAGAAUAUAUUCAUGCUGAACAUGUGACGUUUCUUGGAAAAUUACAAAGUUCAAAAUCUCAUUGGAUCAAGGGUCAAAUCGCAAUGCGAUAUGUAGUACGGGUGUACUCAAACACUAGAAUGUCAAAUAGUGCUGAAUUAUCAGCGGAAACAGCAACAGUAGCAACAGCUCAUACGACUCAUAUUCCGGUACAUAGACAGGCAAGGUGGGGAUAUAAAGAUUCAAAAUUUGUACUCAAUUCAAAUGGUUUAAUUGAAUUUUCUGGUUCACGUUAUUUACUCAGUGGUCACGUAUUACCACGUCUGAAAGAAUUUAUGUUCAGUAAACUGGGAGCAACAACAGAUAUUUACACACCGAGUGUGGCAGAACCAGAUCCACUGUAUAGACCAAAACCAGUUAUAAAUGAAAGUUUUAUGCAACAAUACUUAACACAAUUAAGUACAAUGGAAUAUUCAUCGGAGGUAAAUGAUCGUCUAUUUCAUGCACAUGGUCAUACAUUAGAAGAAAUAUGGAAACUAAGACACGGUGGACAAUUUGAACGUAUACCUGAUUUAGUUGUAUGGCCAUGUACACAUCAAGAUAUUGAAAAAUUAGUUGUACUAGCUUGUGAGCAUGAUAUUUGUUUAAUACCAUUUGGUGGUGGCACAUCAGUGACAUGGGCAUUGUUAUGUCCAACGAAUGAACAGCGUAUGAUUGUAUCCGUUGACACAUCUCAAAUGAACAAAAUACUUCAUAUUGAUGAAAAAAAUUUGACAGCCAGAAUUCAAGCAGGAAUCAUUGGUCAAGAUCUAGAACGAGAGUUAUCUAAAAAAGGCUACUGCACGGGUCAUGAACCAGAUUCAAUGGAAUUUUCCUCUCUUGGAGGAUGGGUAGCUACAAGAGCAUCGGGAAUGAAGAAAAAUGUGUAUGGUAAUAUUGAGGAUUUACUGGUUCAUGUGAAAAUAGUAACACCUAAAGGAACAAUGGAAAAAAGUUGUCUCGGUCCACGACAAUCAACUGGUCUGGAUAUUCAUCAUUUUAUACUUGGUUCAGAAGGCAUUUUAGGAAUCAUAACUGAAGUAGUACUUAAAAUUCGUCCGUUACCACAAUGUAAAAAGUAUGGUUCAAUUGUAUUUCCUGAUUUCGAAUCUGGUGUUGAAUGUCUGAGAGAAAUCGCACGUUUACGUUGCGCUCCAGCAUCAAUACGUUUAUUGGACAAUGAACAAUUUGUGUUUGGACAAGCGUUGGCUACUGAUUCAAAAGGCAUUAUUCAUUCACUAAUGGAUAAUAUUAAAAAAUUAUAUAUCACAAAAAUAAAAGGUUUUGAUGUGAAUCGAAUGUGUGCAGCAACAUUAUUGUUUGAAGGAUUAAAGAAUGAUGUUAAUCAACGAGAAAAAUUUGUCUAUGAUAUUGCACAAAAAUACAAUGGGAUUCCAGCUGGUGAAGAAAAUGGACUAAAAGGAUAUACAUUAACAUUUAUGAUUGCUUAUUUACGAGAUAUUGGUUUAGAUCAUAAGGUCGUUGCCGAAUCAUUUGAAACAUCAGUGCCGUGGGAUCGUGUAAUUGAUUUAUGUCGUAAUGUUAAAAGAUGUAUUGUUAAUGAGUGUCUGAAAUAUGGUGUCAAAUAUCCUCCAUUUGCAUCUUGUCGUGUUACGCAAAUGUAUGAUGCAGGAUGUUGUGUAUAUUUCUAUUUUGUUAUGAAUUAUAAUAAUUUGAGUGCUGAUCCCAUAGAUGUUUAUGAAAAGAUUGAAGAAGCAGCGAGAGACGAAGUAUUAGCUAAUGGUGGUAGUCUAUCACAUCAUCAUGGUAUUGGAAAAAUAAGAACAAAAUGGAUUCGACAAGCUGUCGGUGAUUUGGGCGUGGGAGCAAUGUUAAGUGUCAAACAGUAUCUUGAUCCAAAAAAUAUAUUCGGAAAUAAAAAUCUUAUACCAGGCGAUAAAAUAGCACAUUUUCAGUCAAAAUUAUAG